AAUCAGUUAGCGAUUAUUUAAACUUGAGUUAACUAGCAAAAAUGAAGUUAGCAGCCACUAUAUUAAUUUGCAUUGUAAUUUCUCUCGAUGGAGCUUCAAUCGAAAGCCAACUUUUUGCUGAGAAGUUUUUGGUUCGUUUCAAUUAUAUGACAGAUAGUAGAACGAACAAUCAACAACCAUCAGCGUUGAAAAAAUCUCCAAGCAGCAUGCAAACAGCCAUAAAGGACUAUCAAAGAGACAAUGGAUUGGUGGUAACCGGAGAUUUGUCCAGAGAAACCUUGGAGCUUAUGAGCCUACCUAGAUGUGGUAAUACAAGAUCCGAUAAUAUAUAUGAUGCCAUUGCUAGUAAGAGACGCCGCCGUCGUAGAUAUGCUUUCUCGAGUACAAAGUGGAAUUCUGAUUUUCUUACAUAUCGUGUCAGUCCGUUCACAAAUGACCUUAGCAAAAGUCAGGUUUUGUCAGCAAUAGAAAAGGGAUUCAAGAUAUGGUCCGAUCAUUCUAUGUUAAAGUUUAAGAGGGUAGAAUAUAAAGCCAACUUGGAGCUCUCGUUCUAUAAGGGAAGUCACCAAGAUGGCUAUGCUUUUGAUGGUAAGGGAGGCGUUCUUGCUCACGCUUUCUACCCCCGAACUGGUCUUAUUCAUUUCGAUGAUGAUGAAUUAUGGAGUACCAGUAACAAUGAUAUCCUACUCUCUCAAGUAGCAGCCCACGAAAUUGGCCAUGGACUUGGUCUGAAACAUUCGUCAGAUAAAAAUGCGAUCAUGUACGCCUCAUAUAAAUAUAAGGGAGCGAAUUUUAAUAUAGAAACAGAUGAUAGGAAAGGCAUUGAGGAAUUGUACGGAUGUAACCCUACAAAAAAAUGCUAUAAAGAAGGAAAACCAAAGAAAGGAGAUAGCUGCUUCUCCCCUAAAGGUCUAGUAAGGACUUCUAAGAAUGAAACAAAAUUUAUGAAAGAUAUCGAUAUUGGAGACCUUGUUCAAUCAGAAAAUGGUUUUAGUAAAGUGAUUGGCUGGCUCCAUAGAGAUGAAGAGAAACUUGAAAAAUUUUUUGUUUUAAAAAAUGAAUUAGGUUUAAAUUUAAAAGUCACUGGUGAACACUUGAUAGCAAUUGAAAAAGAUGGUCAAAUUCAAUAUCAAAGAGCAUAUGAAACAACCAAAAGAGAUUUUUUAAUAAAUAUUGAUGAAUUUGGUAGAAAAUCAAGACAAAAAAUCACUGAAAUAGAUGUAAUUGAGGAAAAAGGCAUUUAUGCUCCCUUGACUGAUGAUGGAACUAUCGUAGUAGAUAGUAACCUAGCAUCUUGUUAUGCUGUUGUUAAUAGUCAUCAAAUAGGUCAUUUGGUAUUUACUCCUUUGAGAUGGAUGUCAAAUUGGACAAGCGCUUUUCCACUUGAACACUCGGCUGAAUUAAUAACAAAAUAUCUUGGUCCAGUUGCUGAAUUCCUGGGAAUGUUCUCUUAAUAAAAAUUGACUCAAAAUAAUCUCUUUCAUCCUUUUUGAUAUUCUAUAAUUCUACGUAUUAGACAAAAAAACAUCUUGAACGUUGUUUAUCAGUCUCUGGCCCGGAAAUUUUAAUACAAAUUUCAUUAAUGAAAUUAUUUGUAAACAUAUAGAUAAAUAAAUAGAAUUUUCAAUUCUGUAUUAUUUACUAAAGACGACAAUCUG